AUGCCGGGCCAAAUCGUUAGCGUUCCGUUUCUGUCGCAGGUCGAAGACAUGGACAAGUACUUGCUGGAGUACAGGAGUUUGAAGCUAAUGCCUCAGAACUCUAUGAGCUUUCAGCAGCAGCAACCACAGCAGCAGUCAAGACACUCUCAAACGAGAACGUCAGCGCCGUGCAAUCAGAGCGCAAGCAUGGGUUUUAAUUUGGCAAAUGGGCGCAAGAAAAUAAUGGGAAGCAAUCCCAGCGUCCACAGCUACCGCUUGGGGAAAAACGGUGUCAAGUUUGGACAACAACAACAACAGCAGCAGCAGCAGCAGCAGCAGCAGCAGCAGCAGCUUCAGCAGCUUCAGCAUCCACAACAUGGUCAACAGAGCCAGCAAUUUUUCCCCACAGCCGACAACAAACAAGCAUUUUCGCCUAUGCUUUUCGCCUCUGGCAACAACAGCGCUCCAUCGCUCGUCCAACCUGCCCAUGGCCCUCAGGUCUACCCAACAACUUCUGGUGGAGCUCAACAGCUCGUGACCGCCAGCUCUUCGUCAAGCUCUACUCCUCCCCCUAGGCUCCACGUUUCUGUCAGUGGGACCUCUUCAAUUUCUUCUGUUGGAGGUGAAUUCGAGUACUUGCUUCCUAAUGAUUUGAAUGGCCAGCUGUUAUCGUCAUCCUCCCCUCAAGUUCCUUUAAGUAUGCCCAGUGCGUCUAUUGCAACAGCCCCAGGGCCUGGAACGGGCGCCGGGUUAUCGAGAUCGCGUAAUAGUAACAUGAACCAAAUGACCAUUGCUCCAUUAUCGGGGAGCUACUUGGACACUCCCGAUUCCUCUACCGGAUUCAAGCUCGAGGGCGGCCCUUCAAGGUCUAAUGACUUCGCUAAUGCCUUGCCGUCAUCCUUGUUGUCCGACGCUGCAGGCUCUGCAGAAUUUGUCGGCUCUCAUGUACAAAACUCUCUUUUCAACACUGGGGCUUAUCCGGCAUCGAACUCUAAUGCUAGAGUUGAUUCAUCGUCCAAUUUUAUUAUACCUAACUCAGGUAAUUGGGGCUCGGCAAACUCUAAAUCAGCAUCCACCUCAGGAUCCUUCGGUAUUUGGAACAAUGAUAUGAGUGUUUGGAGCUAA